AUGGCGUUUCAAUAUAUCGGCAUGAGUACGGAGGUUUUUUAUUUUGUCAUUAGUCCUUAUUGACUAAACCACGUGAAUUUACAUAAAUAUUAUCAAAAGUUUUCAAAAAAGUGAAAUAAAAACAUGGAAAGUGAACAACGUGCAUUUUUUGACGCGGAAUCAAAUUUUUGUUCUGAUUGUGGAUCUAUCUUACCUCUUUUGCGAGAAUUCAAUGGUGUUGUUUGUUAUAUUUGUAAACGUGAAUGGGGUCCAGAGAGAUUUGGAUCAAUGGCGCUAGAUAUUACGACUAAUUUUAAUAAUAAAUAUACGUACGAAAAACCAAAGGCUGAAGAUAAAUCCUCGGGGCCACAGAUUGAGAGGAAAUGUCCUCAAUGCGGUAAUGACAAAAUGUCAUAUGUUACCUUGCAAUUACGGUCUGCCGAUGAAGGACAAACUGUAUUUUAUACGUGUCUCAAGUGCAAAUUCAAAGAAACGGAAAAUUCAUGAGUUUUUAUUGACAAUAUAAAUUUUAUUCUAGAAAUUAUUUAUAAUAAAUUUUUUUAAUAAAUUAAAGUGGGAAUUUAAAA